AUGUCACUGCGCAAUCCAGACGCGCGCGCGACACCCGACGAGGCCGCAGCAGGUGGUGGUUUCCCGCAAGAUCCCUCAGAGUUCGACAGCGACCCGCGAAUAUCCUUUUCGAAGCUUGACAACAAGUUCAUUUUGGAGACAGAGGAUGGGCAGGAGUUUGAGUAUGAUGGUACGCUGAAACGAUGGGUGCAGACAGUCGACGAUGCGCUCCUUGAACAACAACGACAGGCGUACAAAGUGGAAGGUGUCGAUGAAAGUGAAGAUACUACCGCACAGUUGAGGAAGAAGCGAAAAAAGCCCGGUUAUGAUGAAAAUGGCCAAAAACAAAAGAAAGCUCGCGUGAAUACGGCGGUGUAUGUGACCUCGGUCCCGUUCAAUGCUACGCUCGAAGAGAUUCAAGAUGUGUUCAGCAAAUGCGGCGUCAUUGCCGAGGAGAUCGAUAGCGGCCGGCCGCGAAUCAAGAUGUACAUGGACGACGAAGGAAAGUUCAAAGGCGAAGUUCUGGUUGUUUACUUCAGGCCCGAGUCGGUCAAGCUCGCCAUUCAGAUGUUGGACGACUCCAACUUUCGGUUGGGCGAGUCUGGGCCCAGCGGCCCCAUGAAAGUCCAACUCGCGGACUUUUCUUUCAAGAGCCAGCAGGAAGUACCGACUACCAUUAGCCACCGGGAUAAGAAGAAGAUUGUUCAGAGGACGCAAAAGUUGAACAGUAAACUUGCCGAUUGGGACGAUGACGAGCCCUCUGCAUUGCCAGAAACUAGCUCGCGGUGGAGCAAAGUGGUGGUGCUCAAGCACAUGUUUACGCUCGCUGAAAUUGAUGAGGACCCCGCAGCCAUUCUAGAUAUCAAGGAAGACAUUCGAGACGAGUGUUCGAAGCUUGGAGAAAUAACGAAUGUUGUACUUUACGAUAAAGAACCCGAUGGGGUGGUCACAGUGCGCUUCAGCGAUUCCGAGGCAGCGAAACAAUGCGUCAAGGUCAUGGGCGGCCGGUUUUUCGGAGGAACUCAGGUCGUGGCAUACAUCUCUGACGGGUCCGAGAAAUUCAAAAAGACGAACGAGAAGCGUGCGGCUCUGGAAGACAUGGCCGAGGGCCGCGACGAGGAGGAGGAUCGCCUGGAUGAGUUUGGCUCCUGGCUCGAGAAUCCGCGCGACAGUGAGCGCGUGGUGGAAAGCUUUGCCCGUUUCUCAUGGGGCACACCUCAAGCACAGGUUCACCUUCAGACCGGUCAGUGCGGUAACCAAAUUGGUGCUGCCUUCUGGCAAACCAUCUCUGGCGAGCACGGCCUCGAUGGCUCCGGAGUUUACAAUGGUACCUCCGACCUCCAGUUGGAGCGUAUGAACGUCUACUUCAACGAGGUGUGUGGAAUCCCAAGUCUCGACAUUUGGAUAUAUACUUAUAACGUAUAG